CUGAGACUGUACCGGGGUGCGGGGGAACCGCCUCGAGGCGGGAGGCGCGGCGGCCGAGGCGUGUCUGCACUGGUCGCCUGAACAAGGCGGACCAUGACUGUGCCUUCGGUGGCGUCUCUCGCCGGACCGCUCUUCCCGAGGUUUCUCUAAGCCAUUCCCUGGUGGAACCGCUCUCAGAUUUUGUCCACAGGUGCUUGUGGAAAAGAUGGCUGAUAUUAACCUCAAAGAAGUAACCUUAAUAAUAGGCGUAGUUGCUGCUUGCUAUUGGAACAGCCUCUUUUGUGGUUUUGUUUUUGAUGAUGUGUCAGCAAUACUGGAUAAUAAAGACGUGCAUCCAUCUACACCUUUAAAAACUUUAUUUCAGAAUGAUUUCUGGGGAACCCCUAUGUCUGAAGAGAGAAGCCACAAGUCUUACCGUCCCUUAACAGUAUUGACAUUUCGCUUAAAUUAUUGGUUUAGUGAACUGAAACCUAUGUCAUAUCAUCUCCUAAAUAUGAUUUUUCAUGCUGUGGUUAGUGUGAUAUUUCUUAAAGUCUGCAAACUCUUUCUGGAUAACCGGAGUAGUGUGAUUGCUUCUUUACUUUUUGCAGUGCACCCAAUACACACAGAAGCAGUAACAGGUGUUGUAGGAAGAGCAGAACUUUUGUCAUCUAUCUUUUUUCUAGCUGCAUUUUUGUCAUAUACCAAAUCAAAAGGACCAGAUAAUUCCAUAGUGUGGACUCCUAUCGCGUUGACAGUGUUUUUAGUGGCCGUUGCAACACUGUGUAAAGAGCAGGGAAUAACAGUUGUGGGAAUUUGCUGUGUGUAUGAAGUAUUUAUUGCCCAGGGGUAUACUUUGCCAUUAUUAUGUACUACUGCUGGACAGUUUCUUCGCGGAAAGGGUAGUAUUCCAUUUUCUAUGCUGCAGACACUAAUAAAACUCAUUGCUUUGAUGUUCAGUACACUAUUACUUGUUGUGAUUAGAGUCCAGGUUAUUCAAUCCCAACUUCCAGUAUUCACCAGGUUUGAUAACCCAGCUGCUGUAAGCCCAACUCCUACAAGGCAGCUAACUUUUAACUACCUCCUUCCUGUGAAUGCUUGGCUUUUGUUAAAUCCUUCAGAGCUCUGCUGCGAUUGGACCAUGGGAACAAUACCACUUAUAGAGUCAUUUCUAGAUAUUCGAAAUCUUGCCACAUUUAUUUUUUUUUGCUUUUUGGGGGCUUUGGGAGUAUUCGGUGUCAGGUACCCUGGUAAUUCCUCCAAGACUGUUUUAAUGGCACUUUGUUUAAUGGCAUUACCGUUUAUUCCUGCAUCAAACCUUUUUUUCCCAGUUGGAUUUGUUGUUGCUGAGAGAGUAUUAUAUGUUCCUAGCAUGGGGUUCUGUAUUUUGGUAGCCCAUGGAUGGCAGAAAAUAUCAAACAAAAGUGUAUUAAAAAAGUUAUCCUGGGUUUGUCUGUCUAUGGUGAUACUCACUCAUGCCUUAAAAACACUCCAUAGAAAUUGGGAUUGGGAGUCUGAAUAUACGCUGUUUAUGUCAGCCUUGAAGGUAAAUAAAAAUAAUGCCAAAUUAUGGAAUAAUGUGGGUCAUGCUCUGGAAAAUGAAAAGAACUUUGAGAGAGCUUUGAAAUACUUCUUACAGGCUACCCAUGUUCAGCCAGAUGAUAUUGGUGCCCACAUGAAUGUAGGAAGAACUUAUAAAAAUUUAAAUAGAACCAAAGCAGCUGAAGAAUCUUAUAUGACGGCUAAGUCGCUGAUGCCUCAAAUUAUUCCUGGUAAAAAAUAUGCAGCCAGAAUUGCACCUAACCACUUAAAUGUUUACAUUAAUCUGGCCAACCUGAUACGAGCAAAUGAGUCCCGACUGGAAGAAGCGGAUCAGCUGUACCGACAAGCAAUAAGCAUGAGACCCGACUUCAAGCAGGCUUACAUUAGCAGAGGAGAAUUGCUUUUAAAAAUGAAUAAACCUGUCAAAGCAAAAGAAGCAUAUCUUAAAGCACUAGAGCUGGACAAAAACAAUGCAGAUCUUUGGUACAACUUGGCGAUUGUUCAUAUUGAACUUAAAGAACCAAAUGAAGCCCUAAAAAACUUUAAUCAUGCUUUAGAACUAAAUCCAAAGCAUAAGCUAGCGUUAUUCAAUUCUGCUAUAUUAAUGCAAGAAUCAGGUGAGGUUAAACUCAGACCUGAAGCUAGAAAACGACUUCUAAGCUAUGUAAAUGAGGAGCCUCUAGAUGCUAAUGGUUAUUUCAAUCUAGGAAUGCUUGCCAUGGAUGACAAAAAGGACACUGAAGCAGAGAUGUGGAUGAAGAAAGCCAUAAAAUUACAAGCCGAUUUCAGAAGUGCUCUGUUUAAUCUGGCUCUCCUGUAUUCUCAGACUGCAAAGGAAUUAAUGGCUUUGCCAAUCUUGGAAGAGUUACUCAGAUACCAUCCUGAUCAUAUCAAAGGUCUCAUUUUAAAAGGAGACAUUCUGAUGAAUCAAAAGAAAGAUAUACUUGGAGCAAAAAAAUGUUUUGAAAAGAUUUUGGAGAUGGAUCCAAGCAAUGUGCAAGGAAAACACAAUCUUUGUGUUGUUUAUUUUGAAGAGAAGGACUUAUUAAAAGCUGAAAGAUGCCUGGUUGAAACAUUGGCAUUAGCACCACAUGAAGAAUAUAUUCAACGCCACUUGAAUAUAGUCAGGGAUAAAAUUUCUUCAUCUAGUUUUGUAGAACAGCCAGUAUUCCCAGCUGGUAAGACUUCAGGUAUAGAAGGAGACAAAAUUCCAACUGAAAAUGAAAAAGAAAUCAAAAGUAAACCCAGACCCACACAGAUAAUAAAAACAAGUAAUAAUAAAAGUCAGUCGAAAUCCAACAAACAGUUAGGAAAAAAUACAGACAAAGAAACACCCCACAAAACAACAAAAGAAAUCAAAGAAAUUGAGAAGAAAAGAGUUGCUGCUUUAAAAAGACUAGAAGAGAUUGAACGUAUUUUAAAUGGUGAAUAGCAUUACCCUUUAUCACGUGACAGUGGUUUCAAAGAACUUCAGUCUGUAUCAUGUGAUUACUUAUACUGAGAGCUUUGAAAAAUAGCAAGGAUACUAGCAGUCUAUCAUAAGCUGCCUCUACGUAGGAUCAAAAUAAGAUUUUCAUUAAAGACCCUUUCAUUACCCCAGGGUAUGUAUUAUAUAUGACAGUAGUUUUUAGAGUUUUGGUGACUAUAGCAGAAAUUACAGGUGGCAAAUUUGUAUCUUUUCUUAUAGAAGGAAGAUCCUUUCAGCAGAAUAAUAUUGAUUACCCUCAGUUAAAAAUAAUCUGAGGCCUGAAUGGUAAUCCCAUGGGGGCAGAUCCAACAUGUGCUGGUUUAUGCUGUGAAUUCAUAUUUAUUAGCUAACUUCAUUUUUCCUUUAACUAUUGGAAUUUGACUAUGGAUUUGAAAACAUUUAUUGAACACAUUCUUUUUCUUCAGUAACCUUCUAUUUCCAAGGGACUUUGCACUACAAAAGAAUACUGGCUGGCUUUCUUUAUGUUGUAUUCUUUUUUUGAUUUUUAGAAGAAACGCCAGAUUAAACAUUUUAAAAUAAGUCAUAUGACAUGUUAGCUUAAGAAUGUAUUUUCAUAACUGUGUGCCUGUCCUUAACUUCACUCUAAAUGGCAAUUUUUAA